AUGGGCCGUUUUUCCGUCUCGCCUGCGCCAUGGCGCGCCGCCCUCGUCUCCCACCUGGAAGCUAUGGACUCUCCGACGUUCGUUCUCAGCUCUCUUCAUCGCGAGCCUCCCAGCGCUGCCACACAGCCUCCAGCGGCACUCCAGAAAAAAGAUGCAGAAACAUUCUCCCCCAGAGCUCGUACCGUUGUCUACCGCAGUAUGUGGGCGGGCCUCAGCUCCAACCCGCGCAACCCUGCCCCGCCAAACCCUCACAUCUAUCAGACAGAUCUUCUGACCACCACUACGGAUGUUCGCAUGGACAAAGUGUCGGAAAUGUUCCCUGCACUCACCAAUGCAGCCGAAACUGCAUCGUCAUGCGCUGGAGAACACGUUGAGGGGGUCAUCUGGGCAGCGAAUGCAAAAACGCAAUGGCGCAUUCGUGGCCGCGUGUUCAUGAUUGGGCCGGAUAUUGAAUCAGACGCUGCACAACCCGUACGGGAGGCUUUGAAGGCGUACAUGCGCCGGCAACAUGCCGGAAAUAGAGAGGCCGAUGCCGAGGCUGAUACAUGGGAUUGGGCCAAGGAGCUCACGGCGCAUUUUGGCAAUCUGAGUCCUGUCAUGCGAGGAAGCUUUCGCAACCCGCCACCUGGCACACCCAUAUCACAGACACCAAGUUCAGGGCUUGGACUUGGACAGAAGGUGGAGAACUUGCACGACGAGAUUGCGCGGAGCAAUUUUAGGGUACUUGUAAUCGUGCCUGAACAAGUUGAUCAGGUUGACCUGUCUGACCCAGAGCGUGGCAGGAGGUGGAGGUAUGACCUGACUACGCAAGGCGACGAGGUGACUUGGACGACAACAGAGCUCUGGCCCUAG